AUGGAGUACAGUGAAGGUAAGCAGAGGAUAGGUGGGUGGGUGGGAAAAUCUUUCGAUAAUGUUACUCUGUCGACAUCUCAGAGUAAAUUACGUUAUUUUGCAUGAACUCGUGCAUGUUAAGUGCCAAUUAGGAUGGGCUGUGUUGUGCCCUAUGAUUGGUCAAAGCCCAGAACAGAGUCGUACAAGGUUUUCAAUUGGUUCACAGUGUGUUUCACGGUUUGUUCACGUGAAUGUGUGCUAGCUGGCAGAAGAUGAUCUUUGACCUAUCUGUCAAGACCUUAGACCUAACUGUCAAAGAUUAGGUUGAUAUAAACCAUAUCUACCUCCUCAUCUUACCAUCACACCUUGUCUCAUUAACUUAAAUUUAUAUAGGCUAUAAAUUUGCUUUAAUGACUCAAGUUGUUGAUUUUUUCCCUCCACUUUCUCGACAAACACAAUAUUAAACACAAUCAUUUAUUUUUGUGGGAGAGGGGUUCGGGGUUGUGAAGAGUCCAUUUACAGUAUAUGACAAGCAUCAUGCCUACUCAUAUGUCACACCCUAUUAGCUGCACUGAUUCUGAACUGGCACUGAUAAUCUGACCAAGAUUCACUUGGACAGUCCUAACCUGACCAACUGGAGCACGAAACCCCAGUAUGGACAGUCCUUACCCUGACCAAUCGGAGCACAAAACCCCUAUGGACAGUCCUUAACCUGACCAAAGGCACAAAACCCAUAUGGCCAGUCCUUAACCUGAACAUGGGGGGUAAACCCCCAUGGACAGUCCUUAAAUUUAGAUAUAUUAUGUGUGACAUAUAUUGAGUCUAUGGGCCUGAAGUUGACAUUUUAUGGAGACUUCAUCCCCACAAAUACACAGAAUGUGUAUUCCCCAUAGACGAACCCUCCCCCCGAAACGUUGUUAGUUAUUUAGCGGUUACCACAUUUGUCAAAGUGGCUGAUACCCCAGAUAGAGUUGCAAGACAGCUGCUGCCAGAUGACAGUUAGACAUAUAUUUGAGCGUUACCAUCACUCAUACUAUAGCUGGAUAAUCAGGGAGGCCAGAAAAAACCUGGAAUAUACAGGAAACCUGGAUGGGGCCAAGACAACCAGCAGCUUCCCCACAAAGCUUCUAUCUUACAAGUUCUUAAUUGGAGGGUUGGUAACACGACAAACAAAGCUCACCAUCAAGGCACAUAAUUAUUUAUUUUAUUUAUUUAUUUUUAAAUGUAAAUGUGUUCAUUAAGACGUUUUGCAUUAAGAUUUUGUUAACCACUCUUAUUUUAUUUCAAUUAUGAUUGGUGGAACUUUCCUGAGUUGUGUGACAUUACUCUCAGAAAAAUAGCUUGUUCAUUAGUUUAAUUCGAAAUAGCAGGGCCAAAAUGCAAUUCAGGUGCUUAUAACCAGUGUUGUGAUCGAACAUCCAAUCAUGCAUUCAUGAUAUUAGCAGAAAUUGUAAAAUAUGUAUUUGGUAGAUUAAAUAUAUCAUGCAGUUAAAUGAUAGUACAUCAACGGAUUUUCAAUUUUCAUGAGUGUAGGCAUGCAUGGUAAUGUUAGUGACGUACCAAUCUUUCAUGAUAUCCAUCUUGCCGACUUAUCGCAAAUGUAGAUAAAUAUAUAUGUGCAAAGUUUGAAAUCUUAAAUUUCGUUAACAAAUGAGCUUGCUUUCUUAUGUUUUGAACAGUAAAGUAUUGACAAUGUUGCAGGUCCAAUUAAUGUUAGGUUUUGUUAGUUGACCUGUAUCUAGGGACGCAAAGCCUCAUUGAUAUCAUUAACUCGACGAAAGACACGCAAAAUCACUGUUUCUUAUUGGCUGUCUUAACGCAAAAUAGCAAGAUUCGAUUGGCUGUUGCAUACAUUUCUUGUAUGCUAAAUAUGUUGUUCUGAGUUAUUCGUUUUGUAAUUUGCAUGGUCUUGAAAAAGAGGUAAUAAAUCAUUACUAUAUGCAGAUAGUCAUUUUGACAGAUUAUGCUCGCAACCCACCGUUAAUCUGCCCAAUGGAAUUUGUCUUUAGUCUUUACUAUUAGUACAAAGAACAAUUUGUAUAGAUAGAAAACCUAUACUCGAGCUGCGUGCCAGUCAAAAUUGUACAUUACGCAAAGCAUAUUUCGUUCAGCUGGACAAAUUAAUUUUCGGGCUUGUCUGAUUGCCACUCUUGGUCUUGGAGGCAUGGCUCAAACUGUUUGUUAUAGUGCGUUUGCAGUCUGUACUGUACUACAAAAGUUCACAUAAAAUUAAGUUAUGCAUAUAUGAACUAAGUCUAGUGAUAUUAAAAAUAGGCCUACUAUAUAUCCCAACAGUAUAUCCAGUAUUGUGAGUUGCGGCAUUGUGAAAUGUACACGUUAAACUUUUGUGGCUUAAACGAAACCGCAGUUAUAGCUCACUCGCCGCUUUGCCUUUAAUUAAGGCUUUGGCCUGAAAGGAGUGAACGAGUUAUGACAUUGAGUUGCAUAAGAGUUCGCUUGUAUAUCUAUUCGAUCAUUCUUUCAUUCUUUAGUAGACGGUUCAGUUCAUAUAUUCAUGCAAAUUCUACCAAAUUUGUUUCAUGCAACGUGUAAUAAUUUUUGUCCUGGUACAACGUUUGAACAUUAAUUUUAUGUACGUCGAAUUGUGACAUGUCCUUUAAAAUCUUGUAGUAAUUACUUCAAUGCGGAAUGAUCUAUACUUUUAAGAUCAGUUAAUAACAACAUAAUUAUAUAUCUUUAUCUGCUAUUUCCGCGCACCCAUGUAUUACUCUCUAUAUAUUGAAUAAUAUAAUUCUCUUCAUCUGUACGUAACAGUAAAAUCUACACUUAGGUCGCUAUUAUGCACCUUAUUAGCACAUAUCCUUUAUGUAACCAAUCAAAUUUGAGAUUUUUGGCUAUGCAAAUUUUUUAACUGAAUAUAAGCUCGUUUACGUCCUUAGAUGAAUAUAAGCUCGUUUACGUCCUUGAACUAUUAACGUGCGCUCUGAAAAAGAAGUUUAUAAGUCUACUUUUGAACGAUUGAAUACAGUUCAACGUAAGAGCUGAUUGAAAACCCAAUCCAACGCCGAAUCUGAGGCGUAAUCUGAAGCCUAAUCAGCGGCUAACCUCAAGGUGGUAAUAAAAUUGUCAUUGGAAUUUUUGAUCGAGAAAUAAUACACCAGAAUGUAAAUGACCAGUGUGAAAUUGGCACCAUAUUCAACAACACGUUCACCACCACGUUCAAAAACACAUUCAAAAAAUGGCAACGGCUAAUUUCAAUCACUCAAAACGACAACUAUCAAAGCGCUAUUUUCUCUCACAAUAAACAUCCUAAUGCAGCAAAAACACCAUAGAAAUACGUAGAACGAAUUUAUCUUUAAUUUGAGCUAUCAAACUUAUAGCUCCAAGCAGUAUAAGGGCAACAAUUUCAUUUUUUCAUCAAAACAUAAAACUGGAUUUCUUAAAUUAAUUGAAAAAGUCGGGAAUACAAAACUAAUCGUACCUUAGCCUCUAUUCUGUCCGAUUUUUUCAAACUUCCAUAUAUUGUACAAUUUUAUAUGUACAUUCCUAUGACACUUCACACAAAUUAUGCACUUGAGCUUAAAGUACAGAAAAACGCACUCAAACUCAUGCAACUUUAGACGCGGAAAUAUAAAUUUUAUUACUAUAAUUAGAUUAUAUAUUGCGUUAUCAGGGAUGCCGUGAUAAACCUCAUAACUCAGCCUCAAUUCUGUCCGAUUUUUUCAAACUUCCACAUAUAGUACAAUUUUAUACGUACUUUCUUAUGCUACUUCAUUCAAAUUAUGCACUCGAGUUUAAAGUACAGAAAAACGCUCUCAAACUCAUGCAACUUUAGACGCGGAAAUAUAAAUUUUAUUACAAUAAUUAGAUUAUAUAGUGCGUUAUCAGGGUUGCCGUUUUAAAACUUCUCAUAACUCAGCCUCUAUUCUAUCCGAUUUUUUCAAACUUCCACAUAUAGUACAAUUUUAUACGUACUUUCUUAUGCUAUUUCAUUCAAAUUAUGCACUUGAGUUUAAAGUACAGAAAAACGCACUCAAACUCAUGCAACUUUAGUCACGGAAAUAUAAAUUAGAUUAGAACGUUAUCCGUGUAUUCUGUGUCCGUGUUGCCGUGAUAAACCUUCUGAUAACUCAGCCUCUAUUCUGUCCGAUUUUUUCAAACUUCCACAUAUAGUACAAUUUUAUACAUACUUUCCUAUGCUACUUCAUUCAAAUUAUGCACUCGAGUUUAAAGUACAGAAAAACGCACUCAAACUCAUGCAACUUUAAACGCGGAAAUAUAAAUUUUAUUACAAUAAUUAGAUUAUAUAGUGCGUUAUCAGGGUUGCCGUGAUAAAACUUCUCAUAACUCAGCCUCAAUUCUAUCCGAUUUUUUCAAACUUCCACAUACAGUACAAUUUUAUACGUACGUUCCUAUGCUACUUCAUACAAAUUAUGCACUUGAGUUUAAAGUACAGAAAAACGCACUCAAACUCAUGCAACUUUAGUCGCGGAAAUAUAAAUUAGAUUAGAACGUUAUCCGUGUUGCCGUGAUAAACCUUCUGAUAACUCAGCCUCUAUUCUAUCCGAUUUUUUCAAACUUCCAUAUCUUGUACAAAUUUAUAUGUACUUUCCCGUGGUAUUUCACUCAAAUUAUGCACUUGAAUUGAAAGUACAGAAAAACGCACUCAAACUCAUGCAACUUUAGUCGCGGAAAUAUAAAUUAGAUUAGAACGUUAUCCGUGUUGCCGUGAUAAACCUUCUGAUAACUCAGCCUCUAUUCUAUCCGAUUUUUUCAAACCCCCAUAUAUUGUACAAUUUUAUACGCAGUUUCCUAUGAUAGUUCAUUCAAAUUAUGCACUUAAGUUGAAAGUAUCGAAAAACGCACUCAAACUCAUGCAAGAUUAGAUUAUAUAGGAAAAAUUCAAUUUCCCAAUAGGCAAUGCCAUCCUAGCCCACGCACAGGCAUUGCUCUGGGUACGAGAUUGGAUGCAUGGCUGCCACACUGAACGCUAUAAGAUGAACUGUGUUCAGCCAUUUCAAUCUGACUUCAACAUCGUGAGCUUGGGCUUCCUGUGGAUGAACGUUUUUCUAAAUUGCACGUGUCAAUUGACAUGUGUAAAUUUAAAUGUUCAAGCUCAUUAACUUUUUUAACAUUCCUGUUUAUACCAUUGUUGCAAACAGAUCAAAUUUUGAGAUUAUAAAUAUCUAUAUAAUCGUUUGAUUUGAAAAUUUUACCCUUGAAGAAUAGGAGCUAAAGAAUGGUAAGCAAACUUUGCUUUUAAGUUUUUACAUGUUUAUUGAAUAUUGUAACUAACUUGAGAGAUUUUUCUCAUAUAGGAAUUAAAAUAGGAAUUCAUGUAAAUUAAAUUUUGAUCGUAUAUCCAAGUUUGAUGUCCGAUUUCAUCUGUUUUUGUUUUGUGUAUUUGAAGUGCAAAUAUGUAAUUUACCGUUAAGUUUAUCAAAAAGUAAAACGCCGAUAUGAUUUCAAGACAAAACUACCUGAAAUUGUUUCUGCCUUGAACGAAUGUGAAGGAGACAUAACUGAUUGUUGGCAUAAUGAAAACUCGCUGUGGGGAAAUGUGUUGCGCAAAUGUGGAUAUCCUAAUACUGAUAAAGCGAGAAAAGCAUUGUAUAUGAUGUGGCGGAAAAACUGGGGUUGUAUCAGAGAAAAAUACCAAGAACGGUUUGAAUCGGCCAAAAAAUUGGAUGCCAACAAUAAGGUAAGUACAAUAUUUGUUGAAGAUUGCCUCCAUCGUUUGACCAUACAAAUUCACGUACAAAUUAAAAUCACAAAAAUAAAUUCACAAUGACGAUGUACAGUUUGAUGUAUGUAUAAUAAAUAUAUUAGGACAAAAUAAACAAAUUUAACAAAUUACAGGUUCACUUAGGUUCUCUUCGCUCGCAGUUUCACAAUGUCACGCUCCCGAGUAAGAUCAUCUCAACACUAUAAACGUACGCGUUUCAUGCACAUGCCGAUAUUUCGUAAUGCCUUUUGUAACAGGCACACAUUGACGCGAACUUUAUACAAGUUGGAACCCCUUGGUACAAGUUGCCAAUGUACUGGUACCCCUUGACACAAGUUGUCAAAGUACCGGUACCCCUUGGUACAAGUUGCCACCUUGCAUGACCGACCUAGUUAUAAUAUCCUAAAGUUUAACUAUAUAUGUAAAGUAAUGAUAUACAGUUUUAGAAUAAAUUUUGCAUAUCAAAUAAGCUUUCGCCCGUUCUGAUUGGCUAGUUGACUAGUAAAUCUGAGGCAUUAUAUAGUAGCAGCCUAGUAAAUAAUGCUUUUUAAAAGGCCGAUUCGGCAAAUUUGGUUUCAAAAUCGACAAAUGAUUGAAAAAAUCGUAAAAUGUUGCCAUUUAACUUGAAAGGUAGGAUUAUGUUACUGUGUCAAACAUAUUCACGGACAUUUUAAAACUUAUUUAAAACUCCGCAUCCGGAGUUUUUGUUUUCAAAGUUCAAACAAAUAGAAAAAAGUAUCCCAGCUGUUGGGAAAAACCGUGAUAUUCUUUUUAAAACAAUUUUGUUUUGUAUUUUGUAAAUAUUUCAAUUUGUACGAUACUAUUUCUUUUGAUAUGUCGUGUUUUCAUUGACGCUGUAUUGUACUAUUGUGUUUUUUGAAACUUGUGACGUGAAAAGUGUAAUACUAACUUUCAUAUUUCAAACGAUAUAGUUUUACAUUUCUUAGAAACUAUUUUUUAAUUCUAAGUCUGGUGAAAAAAGUCAUCCCAUCAUUGUGUUUAUAUUCUAAGCAGAAAUCGAGAAAAACAACUUUGCAUUGUAUAUUAACAAAGCAAUAAAGUCACACAGGAAGCCAUUUUGAAAGCGUUCGUGUACAAGAAACACUGCAACACUAAAACAGUAACCGUAAACCAGUCGAAAACAGUUUAUUAGUCUGAAUUCUAAUUAAACUAAUAGUUGGAUAACUCGGAUAUUUUGUUUUAUUCAUCAAAAAUUUAUACUAAUUAAAACAAUUAUUCGGCUCAGUGAUACGGUGAAUAUUCACCUCGUCUGACCUCGACUUCGUCUCGGUGAAUAUUCCCCGGACUGUCACCGGUAAUCACUUCGGCGAAUAAUUGUUAAAUGUCAACACGAAUGGAAAUUGGGAAAACGAGAAAUUGUGUUUUUUUCGAGUUUUCCCAAUUUCCACGAGUGUUAAUAUAACUAUACAGGGUGUAUAAAAAAAACUGAACAGAUUUGAAAUUGCUCUCAAUUUCGCAAAACACCUGUUUGUAUCCGGUUUAUAUAUAUAUAUAUAUAGCUUCUUUGGGUACUUAUAAUGUCGAAUAAUGAAAAAAUGUCUCAAACUCAAAUUUUGUGGACCAGGGGGGUGUGUCUUUUCCAACAGACUAAAAAUGGCUCGCGCACAAAUUUUAAAACAUGUAAUCAUAUUUUGAUUCAAAUUUCAGACAAUUUGGUUUAGUUUAAGGUAAAUAGUUAAAAGUAACUAUUUAUUUUAUUCUAAAAAAUCAGCUUUUCGCAUGCUUAAUUAAGGCCUUUACCUAAUUUGCAUAUUGCUGACAUAUGCAAAUUAGGCAAAUGCAUUAAGCAUGCGAAAAGAUGAUUUUUAGGAAAAAUGCAUGUAACUUUGCGUGAAUAGUUAAAGGGCUUAAACAAAACCAAAUUGUCUGAAAUUUUGUAGAGUAAUUAACAACCCGGCAAAUGUUCCAUCUAUUAACUCACAAUAUGAUUACAACUUUUAAAAUUUGUGCGCGAGCCAUUUUUAAUUUGUUGGAAAAGACACACCCCCUGGUUCACAAAAUUUGAGUUCAAGAAUUUUUUUUCAUUAUUGUACAUUAUAAGUACCCAAAGAAGCUAUAUAUAUAAAAAAACAGAUACAAAUAGGUGUUUUGCGAAAUUGAGAGCAAUUUCAAAUCUGUUCAGUUUUUUUUAUACACCCUGUAUACAAUACGGAAAAAGUUUAUAUUUGUUUUAUAAUAUAGCAUAAAGAAAUAUAAAGAAAGAAAUUUUCUAGCCUGAAAACAGACCUACGGGCGAAACGUAGGUCUCAGGGCCUAUAUAAGGCUAGAAAUUUUGUGACGUUUCCGUGUUGACAUUGAGUUAUAUCAACACGGCUCUUAGCCAGUCAGCGUUCAGAAUUUACAAAUGCUAUAUUAUAAAUAUAUAUAAAAGCUUGAUCAACCUAAAAUCGCAAUCGCUAUAUAUAACUAACAUUAGGGGUUGGGAUAAAACACGGAUGCGGACGGACGGACAGACACGCAGACGGACGGACGGACAAAAGGGUUAAAAUGCGGAUGCGGACAAAAGGGAUAAAUGCGGAUGCGGACAAAUUACGAUUUUUGUAAUUCUUAUAACACAUGCGCAUAAAAGAAAACACGUAUAAAUCCUGGAUUCCUGGGAUUUUUACGAUUAGGUUUCAACGGUCGGUCGCUAUCGUGCGUGUGUAUAAAGGUCCAUACAAACCGGACGCGAUUUGGCAACGCGACGCGAAUUUUCAAUUUUCAAUGAAGUCUAACUUCAAUAUUUUUUUAUGUUUUUCAAAUAUUCGGAAACCACUUAAGCAAUUUUAGCUAUUUGGUCUGGAUAUCUUGUAAAUUUUUAUCCAUUGACCGUUUCAUUUGUUUUUAAAAACUGAAAAUUCGCGUCGCGUUGUCGAAUCGCGUCCGGUCUGUAUGGACCUUAAUAGUUUAUGAAUUAAGAAAAACCUAUGAAAUAAGACAUAUCUACUCUUACUUCUUUUAGGGAGAUAACUUGCAAAUACUGGUACCAACAUGUAAUUCUUUUUCAGUUUUAGAGGACGAAUUGGUAAGUUAAAUUUUUAAGUUUCUUAAUUAUAAAAAAGCUGAUUUAGGAUAUUUGUAUGCCCACAAUAAAAAUAAAAUAUAAUUAGCCUCACUGAUUGUCAAUUGAAUUGUCAAUAAAAUAACUAUAGGCCGUUGGCCAAACUUAUUUCGCUUCGUGGCACCCAUGUCGGAAGCAUGCUUGGUUGGUGGUUUAUUUGAAAGGCAUAUGGGUACAUUACUGCCAGAAAAAUUCCGAAGCAAAAAAGUUGCACAAUACCAAGAAAAUGGGUGAUCAAUGAUUAUCCUCUAUUAAAUUGUGUUACAGCGAAUGGGAAAUUUUGUAUUCAUUCAAUUGACUUGCAUAAUCGGAAAACAUAAAAAAACGCAUAUAAGACUGCGUACUAGGCCAGAAACGCGUUUUUGACAGCGGAAAACUCGAAAACAAAAUUACUUUUCUAGGCACUUUUUUGUACAACGGCCCACGGCCUAAACCCACUAUGUAGAGAAAUUAAGUUCGUUUGAUGGAACGAAUUAAUAAUUCUGUUUCAUAUUCACACUGCCGUAUUUAGCUAUUUAAUUAGAGCCAACAGCUAUUUCAAUUAAGGUUGUCCAGGAGCAAAGCGGAAAAGUCGAAUACGAACGCGAAUAGCUGCUGGGAAUCGCUAACAAAUUAAUGAUUUUUCAAUGUCAGUGAUUCCCAGCAGCCUUUCGCGCUCGUAUUCGACUUUUCCGCUUUGCUCGUGGACAACCUUAAUUGAAAUAGCUGUAUACAUUCACAUGCAGACCAACCAAGACCAACUGGAAUAAUCAGUUUUCUAAUCAGUUUUCAUUAAUUUUCUAAUGUAUUUUUAAUUUUCUAAAUAUUUUCCGUCCUGCAUUUAGUAUAAGGGCAGAAAAAUAACUAAAUGAAAUAUUUUCCGUCCAACGACAAAGAAUGUUUACCUAUAGACAGUAUAUCCUACUUUCUUACAUUGACUGAAAGACGGCUUGUGGCACAGGAUCAACUACGAAGAAAUGCAGCAAGUCUCAAUAUAAAUCCUAUUGACGAUUACAAGCAUUUCUUGGCUGCUUAUGAUUUACAUUUAAACUAUAAUGCAAAACAUAGAACUAAAUAGGCUUAUAUAUCUCCUAUCAAGGUUACAGAAGAAAAUAAAAAAAUACAAGUUGAAAGUACUGAGAAGAAGAAGAAGUCUAUGUUGUGGACAAAUAAUGUAUGCAUUUUAGAUUUACGUUUGUUAGUCGGUCAUAUUUCCAGUUUCAGUUGUACGCAUGAUAAAAGACGAAUAAUUUUUUAAAAUCUUGAAUUGAUGGUUAGUUUAUAGGCUCAAGCAUUCCAACUACAGAUUCCAGUUUCGUGUCCUCUGUUGUGGAAAAAGAGAAAGUGAAGCGUUUUGUUGAUAAUCAAAAUGAAGAAGCAGACGAAGAACCUGCACCUUUAAACUUGCAAGACUUCCCAAAACUAUGUGGAAAGAAAGAAAGCAAGAAACACCUAUCAAGCCAUGAUGAUAUUUUUGAUGUGUUGGUCAGUGACAAUUCACGUUGUUGUAAUUAUAAUCCCGACAGCCAUUCCCAUGACAAGGCAACGACAUAUUCAUUGAAUCCGCGCAUAGAUAGUGCUGAAUUUGAAAAUGAGUUGGAAGAGCCGAUCCAUUCCGGCACAACACAAGUAAAUGCAGACGAAAUCAGCGAACGUAAAAACCCCAUUCUUCGCAUGGUAAAUAACGAAUUAGCAGAUGAUGGUUGUAGAAGAAAAGGGGUAGAUAUAAAUUGUCAUAAAAAAGAAGACGACGAAGAAGAGAAAAGUACUUCAACCAAGCCUCGCGAAAACGUUGUUGGUCAACCGAAAACACCUGUUUGCGAUCGAACGUCGAAGAGAACUCGGCGUAUUCCAAAAGUCUAUACGCCACAUAGCAGCGAAGGUAAUGUGUACUGCUUCUGUCAAAGAGAGGAUGUGGGAUGGUAUAUAGUAUGCAGCUAUCAGUUCGCUGGUUGUCUUUUAUAUUACCACUCCAAAUGUGUUGGCCUAGAACAUUUAAAAUCUAAACGUGAUGGUGAAGCUUACAGCAAUUGCGAAGAUGGAGAUUCUUAUAUCUGUCCAUUGUGCAAUGAAAAACGUCGCACGGACGAGAACGUCGCGAAGAAUGAUGUGAAUGGAAUGGAUAUAAUCUCCAAAACCAAAAGCAAAAGCAGCGGGGGAAAAGUCUCAACCUUUCAUGAGUGCGUUGCAGAAUCGCCUACUGAAAAUGCAACAAAGGAAGGGCAGGAAAUAUUGGAUGACCAAAAACUAUAUACCGAACAACCGGAUUCAUCAGAUAUUGAUUGGUUGUCUGAUUUUGAAUUGCACCACGAUUCCGAUGUUCUUCUUGCAGAUAUUUUUGAUGAGGAUAGGUCACCCGGAGAAGACGAGUCAGCGUGUUCAGCAACUGAAGAUGUUGGAGAAGAUGAUAGGAAUUUAGUGAACAUGGAUAAAACUGUAAAUGAUAAGGCUCCUAAAUCUUGCACGGAACAACCGACGGUUGAAAAAUUGCCAGUUCCCCAUGAUACACUCAUUCGGAUGAUAGAUUGUCCAAAUUUGCCAUCAAAUAAGUAUUUCACGUCUUCAAUGCCGGCGGAAGCGACAUUUACACUAAGCGAAGAUGAAUGGAAUCGAUUAAAACCAACAAGUGAGAAUCCAGAUAAACUGCAAGCAGCUUGGACAAAUAUUAUUGCUACACGUAUGGCUUCCUCCAAUGAUUUUUGUGCGUUUAAGUUCCAAAAGCACUUUGUUCAAAAGCUCAACUCGCGCAAGAGGAAUUAUGGCCACGUCUUCAAAGCAUAUGGGAAAUGUAUGUUUAAUGAUUGCUCGUGUAAAUGCAUUGUGUAUAUGAAGAAAGACAAUGUCGAAACGAGGACUGUAACAGUGGUUUAUAGUGGGUAUAUCAAGCAUGCAGCAGGAGAAAGACAGUCACGUUAUAUCAAAGGAGACGAACGUGACGAAAUAAGGAAACUAUUUAAUAAAGGUCCUGACAAACCAUCAGUCGUAUAUCAAGAAAAGAAAAGUUAUCUUUCAAGCGACGCAAUGGCUUCGGGAAACAGGACCGGAUGUGGAAAUCAACCAGAAACAAUGCGUAAGAUUUCCAGUGAGGGUAAACAGAUGUCGCAAAUGGACAAAGAUCUUGGCAAUUCCUUAGAAAUGAUUCGACUAGAGCUGAUAAAGAAAGAGUCAUCACGAAAAAUUCCACCUUCUGCAGCACACGACGGCUUUGUUCAUACUAUUGGCAUAUAUCCGCUUGUUGUUCAUAUGUGGAAUGAAAAUCAGGUAAGAUUGUGGCACGGUAGAUGCAAGAAUGAUAUUUCAUAUUUGGAUGCAACUGGAACAUUGGUCGCAAAUCAUGGUGGAAAACGUGUUUUGUAUUAUGCAUUGGUAAUACGACAUCCUGUUGAAGGCGAACCUUCGUUACCUGUAGCCGAAAUGGUAACAAGUGACCAAAGUGCGGGGAACAUACGUGCGUUCAUCGAAAGAUUUCGACGAGACGAAUCUCGUUUGUACAAUGGUCACAUGUCUAUGCCUAGGCAAGUAAACACUGAUUAUUCUCGAGCGAUACUGCUGGCUGUACUUAAAGAAUUCAAUAACGAAACUAUGGUAAAUUUUUUGGCAAGAGCAUUCAGAAUCAUAAAUAGGAGAGAAUUGAAAACGGAUUUAAUGUUAACAAUGCCCCAUGUUGGUUGCAGUCAUUUUAUGCAUAUCGUUCACAGAAAGAUCAAACAGUUGUCUCGAGUCGAACGCACAAUUCUUAAUGAAAAGAAUGAUCAUUCUGAAGACCUUGUGAAAGAUGUAUGGUAUCGCUUUAACAUGUAUUCUAUGUCUUUGCUUGUGAACGCGAGAACUCUAUAUGAAUUCGAUACAGUCCUCGAAGAUGUUGCAAUUUGUUUAAGCAGUGAAACACAAACGGAUAUGUUACAAGCGGCAUAUCGGCGAGUAGACGGGCGAAUCAAGAAUAUGGACAAAGUUGGUGUCAAUAAACUUAUAACGGACUUCCCGAAGGAAAAGGUAGAUGCUAACGCACUGGAAGAACUCGAAGACUCAUUCGCUGCUAAAUCUUCAUUUUGCAAUCCAUUUGUCAAAUAUUUUGAGAAGAAGUUACAAGAUAUCGAGGAACGCGUUGCGCAAGAUUCAAUGCUAGCAGAUAACCAUGAAAAAACAAAUAGAAGUCAUUGCCCACCAUUCCUAGAAUUCAUCAUAAAGUAUAUUGCUGAAAUGCCAUUAUGGUCUGGCGUUUUACUUGGAAAGCUGGAAAGGUAUCAGACUAAAUUAAGUCAGAAUAAAAUCCAUGGGGACGAAACUCUAUUUUUAUCAUUUUCGUCUGCGAAUUCUAAAUCGGAAGGAUACAUCGAAAGUACAAUGAGAAAUUUGAAACAAGAAGAUUUUCCUGGGAGAAAACGUUUGAGAGCCGAUGUUUUUGUUCACGAAAAUUAUGAUAGAAUCAGAAGACGCGAGCGAAAUUAUGCUGACCGUUUACAUAUCCACUUGCUGCCACAAAAGAAAAGAAAAUAUCAAAAGAAAACGAAAAACGAUGAAAGUGAUAACGUUAAUUCCAGCGCGACAUCGGAAGAAAAGAGUUUUCACGAAGCUGAAGAAAACUGGGGGAAAAGAGAUCCGGAAACACCAAAAUUUAAUCCCAAAAUUGGACAGUAUCAGCAAUCACCAACCAUACCUCUUAGUGAAACUCCAGAUUUAAAAAAAACAAAGAAUAAAGCAAGAUCUCAGAAAGAUAAAGGCACAAAGGGACAACUGUCUAACGCCAACUCAGCCAACCAAAUAGACGAAAAUACAUGGAAGAAAAAUCGAGGUGUGAAAAGGAAACUUAACAACGCAAAAUCCGGUUUACCAUCUAAGCAGAGAAAAAAUGACGAUUUGCUAACUACAGGUCAUGGAAAGGAUACAGAUGAAGAAAAAGAUGAGAAAUGCAAACGACAACGAAAACGACAACAAAGAAGCGUUGAUCUGGAUAAGCCCUCAAAUAAGGAGAAUAAUGAUAGAUACAACCGUAAAGGAAAUCGCAAAAACUGCUCAAGUAUGAAAAGGAUCCGUAAACAAAGAAUGAAAAAGAAAGAAAGAGAAGAUAAGAUCAAGGAAUUAACCGAGUGGAUGUGGGAGGAUCAAGAUAACAAUCUGUCAACCGAUGAGAACACAAGAAAAGGGGAAAAUGUUUCGAAAUCAUCUUACAGUUCUAAAAGACGAAAAUGUAUCAAUCUGACGAAUGGUGUCAAUGAUGAAAGUGGCAAGAAGUACGAGAAGUUCACUGGCUUGGUAAACAAGAAAAAUGAUUGUUGGUUGAACUGUCUACUUCAAUGUUUUAACGCCUUACCUCUUCGUCGUAACUUACUAGAUGGAAUGAAGGAUGUGUGUGUUUCGAAUGUAACGGCUGCUAUAACAAAGGUGAUGAACGAUAUGGAUUGCAAUAAACACUCGUCCAUUUAUCCAGGUGAACUACAUUGUGUAAUGCAGAACCGUUACAAUAUAGUUGCUAACGAACAGCGUGAUAUACACGAGAGCUUCACGACAAUUUGCUCAGAUGGUGAAGAGACAGGCAUGAAUGACGUAGUUGCGAGUCACUUUCAUAUCGGAAGUCAAUUUAGAACAACUUGUAGGGAAUGUGGAUCAUUCAAAGAUGGAACGCCAGAAACUCACACGUCUUUAAUUGUGCAUGUAUUAAACGGGAUAGAUGAUCUGGAGAAGGCUAUUGAAACGAACAUGAAGGAGGAUAUAACUGUUAGGUGUAUUAAAUGUAAUAAAGACACAACGCACAUGCAAGUCCGAAACUUUGUAUUCCUUCCAGAAACGUUGGCGCUGUGCUUUACACGAUUUGAAGUAAAUAAUGGAAUUACACGAAAAAAUUCAGCGAAAGUCCAGUUACCCAUUGAACUGAAGCAAUUAGGGAAUAUGUCAUGCCAUUAUGAAUUUCGUUCCUUAGCUCUGCAUCAUGGUACUCAAAUUGAAAAUGGUCAUUAUAACGCCUUGGUUGUGGCCGAUUACGAGGUUUUCCUCUUAGACGAUGAAGUUAUCAGCGAAGUAACUGACGACUGGUUUUAUCGGGCUCAACGGACCGUAUAUUUGGCAUUUUAUACCAACAAGGGUCCUUCAUAUUCCUUAACAACGCACCUGGAAAAUGAAUUCUAUCCGAUGAAAACCGAAAACGAAAAUAAUAAACAGAAAGCAUCGCAUACUGAAGACAGAUGUCGAGAACGAGACAACUCCAAUGUGCGAAAUAAUUCGUCCGAUCCACGGUUUACGACUGUAGAUGAAAGAAUUAACCAGGUGUACGAUGCCUCACAGCGACACAAAAUAAUUUGCUCGCAUAAAAGUUAUUGUUUCGACGAAGACUUAAAAGGCGAAGAUUUCAAGACAUUAGAGUAUCCAGUGGAAAAUACGAGUUACUCAUUAGAAGACCCUGGGUGGUUAAAUGAUAAAAUUGUCGAUGCAUAUAUUUUGUUGUUAGUGGAAGCUGCUUCCAAAAAAGGAAUUCGCGUUCAAGCAUUAAAUUGCUUUUUCUACACACGUUUAAAAAAAUUUGCCAUUUACCUUGCGGACGAAGAAAAAUUGCUCCGCAUGAUACUUGAAAGAAAUGCCUUCACCAACUUUGAAGAAUGUGACUAUAUAUUGAUCCCAAUCAAUAGGAAUAAUCACAGUCAUUGGACAACGAUGGUUUUGGACAUUUGGAACUCGUCCAUUUACUAUUACGAUCCUAUCGGAAAAGGGAUUCAAAAUGAUACUGCGAUAAGCCUGAUAAGAUUCUUUUUCGAUGCAUUUUACAAGUGGCGUAAAACGUGCGAGGUCAGGAUUAAUUCCAAACUGAUAAUCAAAGAUUUCGAUGUGAUUUGGGAAAAUUCUUUUGACUGCCAGAAAGAUUCUUCAAGUUGUGGCGUUUUUGUUCUGAUGUACAUAAGUCACAAGCUUGGUUUGCUCACUUACGAUCCAGCAAGCGAAAUGAUAUCAAAAAUAAGAAAUUCGAUGGCUUUAGAACUAUUAAUCGGAAAGCAUUCUGCGAAACGUUGUCAAAAGUAUAAAGAAACCAGUAUUAAUAUGUUCGUGUGCUACUUCAUACAAACAAGAGAUUGGAAAAGAAGUGACAUUAUAUUGUAA